UGUCCGUAGAGAAGGGUGCAAGCCAGGAACCUGAUCAAAAGAUGGAUGUUGACAACAAUGAAGAGGAUGAGAAAUUUUGGAAAUGUCUGCCGAACAAAUACGUGAGCGUACAAUGCUUUUAGAUAAUGAAGUUCGAAUUAUGAGAAGUGAAAUUCAGCGAAUCAAUCACAGUGUUCAAAACCUUAAAGAAAAGGUUAAAGAAAAUAAUGAACGUGUUAAGGUUAAUAAACAACUUCCUUACCUUGUUUCUAACGUUAUUGAAUUGCUUGAUCUUGAAGACCAACAAGAAGAUGAAGGGGCUAAUGUUGAUUUGGACGCUCAUAAGACUAAAUGUGCAGUUAUUAAAACUUCUACUCGUGCAACAUAUUUUUUGCCGGUUAUUGGAUUAGUUGACACAGCAGAGUUAAAACCCGGUGAUUUGGUUGGUGUUAAUAAAGAUUCUUAUUUGGUUUUGGAGAAGUUGCCACCAGAAUAUGAUUCUCGGGUGAAAGCCAUGGAGGUUGAUGAGAGACCAACGGAAACUUAUUCUGAUAUUGGUGGUUGUGACACUCAAAUUAAAGAAUUAAUUGAAGCUAUUGUUCUUCCAAUGACUAAAAAGGAAAUAUUUUCGAAUAUUGGAAUUUUGCCUCCUAAAGGUGUUCUUAUGUAUGGACCUCCAGGAACCGGAAAGACUAUGUUAGCUCGUGCUGUUGCUGCUCAAACAAAAUCAGCAUUUUUGAAACUUGCAGGCCCUCAACUUGUUCAGAUGUUUAUUGGUGAUGGGGCUAAAUUAGUUCGAGAUGCUUUUGCACUUGCAAAGGAGAAAGCACCUGCCAUUAUUUUUAUUGAUGAAUUGGAUGCUAUCGGAACUAAGCGUUUCAAUUCGGAAAAAGCUGGUGAUCGAGAGGUUCAGAGAACAAUGUUAGAAUUGCUCAAUCAAUUGGAUGGAUUCCAACCAAACGAUGAUGUUAAGGUAAUUGCUGCCACAAACCGUGUUGACGUUCUUGAUCCAGCACUUUUGCGUUCGGGUCGUCUUGAUCGCAAAAUUGAAUUGCCAGCGCCAAAUGAAAAGGCACGAGCACGUAUUUUGCAAUUACAUUCUCGUAAAAUGAAUGUUAGCAAAGAAGUAAAUUUUGACGAAUUGGCACGUUGUACUGAUGAUUUUAAUGGUGCACAAUGUAAAGCUGUUUGUGGAAUGAUUGCACUUCGACGUGAUGCAACAACUGUUGGCCAUGAAGAUUUUAUGGAUGCUAUUUUGGAAGUACAAGCUAAAAAGAAGACUGUAUUGAAUUAUUAUGCUUGA